AUGGAAGAAGGAAAGUUUCUUGGAUUCAUCGUCACAAAAGAUGGAUUCAAGUUCAACCCGGAAAAGGUCCAGGCGAUCGAGCGCAUGCCAUCGCCUUCCACAAAAAAGGAGAAGCAACGACUAGCCGACCGGCUAGCCGCGUUAAACAGAUUCUUAGCCAACCACGCGGCUAAAUCUUAUCCCUUUAUCAGUACCUUGGGCAACUGCCUAAAGAAGGAGCUGUUUCAAUGGACUGCUGAGGCAGAGAGCGCUUUCCGGGAGAUGAAAGAGUGUUUGCUUCAACUACCAACUCUCACCGCACCACGCAAAAAAGAACCACUCAUCCUAUACCUGUCCGCCGCGGACAACGCGGUGGGCGCGUCGCGCCCGGCAAUCAAAGGCCAAGUUUUAGCUGACUUCGCUGCGGAAGUACCAGUGAAUCGCAUCCAAGAAUGCGAAGACGAACAAAGUCCUACACCUCCACCGUCCCCAUCAAACAUCUGGGCACUAUAUACUGAUGGUGCGUCCAACGAGGACGACGCAGGUGCAGGUCUACGACUCGUUAGCCCUAAUGGCAAAGAGCUUACUUACGCCAUCCGCCUCGAUUUCAAAAGUACAAAUAACGAGGCAGAAUACGAGGCUUUACUCGUAGGGCUUUGCUUGGCAGUCAAGCUCGGCAUGCAACAUUUGGAAGCGCACGUCGACUCAUUACUAGUUGCGGGGCAAGUCCGCGGAGACUACGCCGUAAAAAGGGAUAUCAUAAUCCUCUAUCUCGAACAAGCAAAGCAACUGACAUCACAGUUCACCUCCUUCAACAUUGGCCAUAUCAACAGGAGUGAGAACAAACCCGCAGAUGCACUUUCAAAACUCGCAUCCACCAGCUUCCAACACCUGGCAAAGGAAAUACGUAUUGAGAUCCUGCAAAAUCCUUCAGUACCCCUGCGCCAAGUCAAUGUCAUCCAAUACGGUACAACGUCUUGGAUGAAGCCAAUUAUAAGAUACCUACAAACAGGUAUUACCCCCGAGAAUAAAGCAGAGGCACGCAAACUGCAGUACAAGGUGUGUCACUAUCAAAUGGGGGAUGGCCCGCACAUGGUAGUGGCUAAAAUCAUGAACAUUGGGUAUUACUGGCAUGGCAUGCACCUGGACGCGAUCAAGAUUGCGCAAGUGUUUCAAUUGAAGGAGACAAUGUCUGAACAUAGAGAUGAACAAGGGUCUAGAAAUAAUCAGAAUAACAGAAGGAGAGAGGAAGAUUCUUAUAGGACUCGAACUCCCUCUCAUAGUGUCAGGUCCCGGUCUAGUACAAGCAUGCGUCUAAAUAUUAAGGAUAUCCACAAUAUAGCUGUGGAAGUGGCUAAGGUAAUGAAGAAUGCACAAACCGGUAAUGUUAACCAAUCUGGAGAACGACAUGAAGAAAGCUCAGCAGCCUCCACGCCAGUACAAAGGGAAGGAAUGGGCGAAAGGAAAAACACUAUUGCAACCACGCCACUAGAAGGAAAAGGUGAAUAUUCCAAACCAAAGGAAUGUACUUAUAAGCACUUCAUGUCCUGUAAACCUCAGUCCUUAGACGGAAGAAAGGGAGCACUAGAAGCUCAAGACUGGCUCAACAGAAUGGAGUCAGUAUUAGACAUAUGUGAGUGUGAUGACCGCAACAAAGUAUGGUUCGCCGUACAUAUGUUUGAAGCUGAAGCCCUUCACUGGUGGAACAUUGUGGUCCGAACAGAGGGAAAAGAAAAGGUUAAGGAGAUGAAGUGA